AUGAAGUACGAUGGAACCAAAGACCCCCAGGAACACCUAACGGCCUUUGAGGCCAGGAUGAAUUUAGAAGGCGCCGCUGACGCGGUCCGGUGUAGUGCCUUCCCAGUAACCCUAGGUGGACCUGCGAUUAAAUGGUUCAACGUCCUCCCCAACGGAUCCAUAACCGAUUUCUACGAUAUGUCACGGAAAUUUAUGGCCCAAUUCACCACCAGAAUCACCAAAGCCAAACACCCCAUCAGCUUGUUGGGAGUCACCCAAAGACAGGAGGAAUACACGAGAAAGUACCUUGAUCGAUUCAACGAUGAGUGUUUGACAGUCGACGGACUCACGGACUCAGUCGCAAGCCUCUGCCUAACGAACGGACUCAUGAACGAGGACUUCCGAAAACACCUCACUACCAAACUGGUAUGA